AUGGCUGCAGCCGAGGCCGAAGUGCCCGCUGGCUUCGAUUGCGCCAUGCGCCACCUGGCAGUUGACUUUGCUCGGAGAGCACAGCCCAGCAUCACUCAGCGGCAACUGGAAGGCUUAGCAGACGCCCUCAACGGCGCGCCUGAGGCGCGGUGCCGGAAUGUCUCCGCGGCUGGCUGGCGCCACGCGGCCCAGAGGAGCGCCCCGGCCGCUCCAGGCGCCGCCGAGAGGUCCGUCUUCGCCUCGCCGUCGGGGGACGACGCCAGCGCUGGCACCAUCAGCGCGCCCUUGCGCACCAUCGCAGCCGCCGUGGCCUCCGCGCGGCGCUGGGGCGCAGGCGUUGGCAGGACGGUGUUCCUGCGCGCUGGGGUCUAUCGCGAGGCAGGUGCCAUCCAGCUCACAGCCGCAGACAGUGGCCUCACGAUCGCUGCGUACGCGGCGGAGGAAGUGUGGAUCAGCGGCGCCAAGGAGAUCUUCCCGACGUGGCGGCUUUUCUCCGCGAAAGGUGGCAAGAACAUUUGGGUCACCGACGUCGCAAGCUCCCUCGGCCCCAUCCGAGGCCUCCGGGUCGGUGGCAGGCGCGCCGUACGGGCCCGGUACCCUAACUCCGACCCGGAGACAGAUUUGAACCCGGCGGGUUGGGUGAGCACGCCGACGAGGUGGUUGUCGCCUCGGGUCACGCACGUCACCGACCCCCCAGUGGAGUACGUUGUGGAUGCGCCCGAGUGGACGCGGCAGGAUUCCACAGGCAACGAGGUGUCGUACAGAGCCGGCAUCAACGGCUCCUGCAGGCACCUGGAGCCGCCUUACGGCUACUGGUGCAGCGGCCGGCCGUCACGAGCUCCAGACGGGUCCCUCACGCACAGGUGGCCGUCUGGGCUGGUCUUUGAGGGGCAUCUACCGCACGCGCCCUACAAGGAUCCCGCUGGCGCGAUCGUCCAUUCGUGCCGGGGGGGCGCGAACUGCUGGUUCACCUGGAUGUUCGAGGUGGAUGCGCAGUCUGUUGAGAACAAGACGCUCUCGUGGUCCUACGGGGGCUUCCAGGGCGCGGAGGGAGAUGAUGCGGGGGGCACUUGGUACAUCGAAAACGUGCUCGAGGAGCUGGACGUCGCGAACGAGUUCUUCCACGACUCAAAAUUGGGCUUGCUCUAUUACUUUCACAACGCAUCUUCUGGCACUCCCCCGCCGCCGAGCCUCACGUUCGAGGCUGCCACCCUAAAAGUCCUACUGAACGCAACCGGCUCCAUGCGGGAGCCCGUUGUGGACGUCACGAUUCGAAGAAUCAAAAGAACAUAA